AUGGAAGAGCAAAUGAAAGUGUUGGUUCAUCAGAGAGGGGCAGUGAAAGGGAAGUUAACCCGAGUGAAAAGUGCAUUGCGGCAUAGUUUUGAAGAACCGAAUCCAAAUAUUAUGAACAUCCAUUUCUUACAACUUCAUCAAAAGACGGUGGAGCAUUGUUACCGCGAGUACAAUGACUUUCAAAAUAAAAUUUACGAGCUACCCCUCUCUGAUGAACGUCGUGCGGAGCAAAUCGAAAAAUACGUAGAAUUUGAGUCGCUCUACAACGACAUGGUGAUACAACUGAGCAUGUUGAUGGGGCAAGCGACAAAAACUGCGGUUACAACAGAAGCUCCCUUACUAGCGUCCACUUCCGCGGACGUAUACCAGAAACCUAUCCAGCAAUUUGUUGUUCCGGCCCAACCAUAUCUCCCACCGUUACAAGUGCCUUUGCCGACCUUCGACGGGUCGUAUGAAAAGUGGUAUUCAUUCAAGUCUAUGUUCACCACUGUCAUGGACCGGUACCAGCAGGAAGACCCAGCAUUGAAAUUGUAUCAUCUGAGAAAUUGCCUUGUUGGACAAGCGGCUGGUAUCAUCGACCAGGAUCUAGUCAACAACAAUGAUUACGAAGCUGCGUGGAUGGUAUUGAAGCAGAGAUUCGAGGACAAACGAAUCAUCAUAGACAAGCAUGUCGAGAAGCUAUUCAAUCUACCAAGGGUUGGACAAGAAAAUGCUACUAACAUGAGGAAAAUGAUCGAUACGUGCACCAAGAAUGUUGAGGCUUUGAGAAAUCUUGAUCUACCGAUUGCUGGGCUCGGGGAACAAAUGCUGGUUAAUCUCAUCACGGAGAAAAUGGACAAAAAACUACGUGUCGCCUGGGAGGCUCGACAAAAGAAAGAUGUUUUGCCGACCUACGUUGCUACGCUGGAGUUUUUACAAGAACAGUGUCGAAUAUACGAGAAAAUCGACACGAAACCAAUGACGGAGAGUGUUAAACCAAAGGCGGUGGCCAAGAGCCACACGCUAGUUUCAACGAGUGAACUGAAAAAUGAACAUAAGUGUCAAGUGUGCAAGGCGCAUCAUGAACUCUGGAAAUGCGAAACAUUUAGAAACAAAAGUGUCAGUGAGAAAUAUGAUUCCAACGAAGUAUCAGAUUCGGUGUAUUAUUUGCCACACCACUGCGUGCUGAGGCCCACCAGUACGACAACUAAACUAAGGGUCGUAUAUGAUGGAUCCGCUAGAACAUCCACGGGCGUUUCGAUAAAUGAUGUUUUGAUGACGGGACCAACGAUCCAGAAAGAUCUAGUCUCCAUUUUGCUACGAUUCCGAGGAUUUCAGUACGUCUUCACGCUGGAUAUUCCCAAGAUGUUUCGACAAGUGAGUCUCCAGCCGUACCUACGGAUCUUUUGGCGUGAUAAUAGAAACGAUUCACUGGCUGUCUACGAGUUAUUAACGAUAACGUAUGGCCUUGCGUCAUCACCAUUCCAAGCUACCAUGGCACUGAAGCAAACAGCCAUUGAUCACGGGAACGAAUUUCCAGAAGCUGCCAAGGUCAUCGAGAGAGGAACGUACAUGGACGACAUCCUGACGGGAGCUGAUUCUUUAGCAGAAACGUGCCAAUUGCAACGAGAUGUGACCAGCUUGUUAGCGAAAGGAUGCUUUGGCGCUCACAAGUGGUGCGCAAACCACUCCGAGAUUCUGCAAGACGUUCCUGAGUCGUUACGAGGGAACUCGUUCGAGGUUACGGAUGACAACACGAAGAAUACUGUGAAGACUUUGGGCGUGAUGUGGAAUCCAAUUGAGGAUUGGUUUUCUGUGUCUGUUUUGGACAACGACGACGUCUCGGAUGACAUGACCCGAAGAAGGCUGUUAAGCCAACUGGCUAGGAUUUUCGACCCGCUGGGCCUUUUCGGUCCGGUGAUUACGAUUGCAAAGCUGAUACUGCGGGAAGUUAGUAUGUUACAGAUUGAAUGGGACGACCCAGUCCCCUACGAUAUUUGCUCCAAGUGGAGGAGUUUUCGUAAUGAAAUGACGAUGCUGAAUGCGGUACAUCUGCCAAGAUGGAUUUCCUCGAACGGGUUUUCAACCCUAGAACUCCACGGAUUCUCGGAUGCCUCUGACCUAGCAUAUGGGGCAUGCUUAUACUCACGUAGCGUUUCAUCCGAUGGUACCGUCCGAAUGACGCUGAUUUGUAGCAAAUCACGAAUAUUGCCGAAGAAGAAAGCUAAGGAUAAAGCUAUUACCACACCCCGUGCUGAGCUGUUGGCGGCUGCGUUGUUGUCCAGACUUGUAGAGAAGUUUCUAGAUGCUACGGAAUUGGAAUUCGUGACAAUUAAUCUAUGGAGUGAUUCUAAAAUUGUGUUGGCAUGGAUCAAAAAAGGGCCUCAAGAACUGCAUACUUAUGUUUCGAAUCGGGUAAGUGAAAUUCAAAAAUUAACCUCGAAUUGCAGCUGGCGCUACAUUCCUUCACACGAAAAUCCCGCCGACUUGAUAUCUCGAGGAGAACAACCGAAAAAACUUAUCAAUGCGAAUAUUUGGUGGAACGGUCCACCUACGUUCAACCAUGCUGUCGUCGAGACGAUAGAGGAAGACGAAUUCCCAAAUGAAGAACUACCAGAAAUGCGGACCGGUGUUGUACUGGCUUUAUGUACACCAAUUGAACGAAUGCCGAUUUUCGACAAGGUGAGCAGUUUUACGAAGGUGGUACGUUACAUGAUCUACUUGAUGCGCUUCGUAAUGUACAUCAAGUCCAGGAAGAAGGAAGUGGUGAAGGGGCCACUUACUUCAGAAGAGAAAACGAAGUCGAUACUUUUAGUAGUACGACUGGUUCAACGCGAAUCGUUUCGACCAGAAAUUGAGGCAUUGAUGAGCGGUGCUGAAACGAAACAUAGACUCAACGGAUUGAAGGCGUUCUUCGAUCCUGAGGACGGCAUUUUACGAGUUGGAGGACGUAUCAAACGAGCCUUUAUUCCGUAUGACAGCCGUCAUCAAAUGCUGCUCCCUGCGAAACAUCCGAUCACCGAAGCACUUGUGCGGCAUUUGCAUUUGGAUAACUUGCACAUCGGGCAGAAGGGUUUGCUUGCUAUAGUUAGGCAACGAUACUGGCCGCUAAAUGUGAAGACUACGAUUCGUAAUUGUAUUACGUGUUUCAAAGCGAAUCCCUUCAAGACGACACAGAUGAUGGGUGAUUUGCCAGCCUAUCGUAUCCGACCUGCUCCUGCUUUUUCGAAUACCGGAGUCGAUUAUGCCGGACCAUUCUGGGUUAAGUCGUCAUCCACUGCGCGUAAACCGAUUAUCACGAAGGCUUAUGUGAGCUUGUUCGUGUGUAUGCAGACACGUGCGAUACACCUUGAAUUAGUUUCUGAUCUUACGACAGAUGCGUUUCUUGCAGCCCUGAGACGAUUCACGAGUCGACGUUUUGUCGGGGCCAAAACCGAACUACACGAACUGUGGCUGAUGUUCCGUAAUCAAUAUGCCACCGGAAAAAUAAUAAACUACUGCACCGAUAAAGGAAUCAAUUGGUCAUUUAUACCACCACGAAGCCCUCACUUUGGAGGCAUUUGGGAGGCCGGUGUAAAACAAGUAAAGUACCACCUGACACGGAUUGUAGGAAACCGGAAGUUAACAUACGAGGAACUAUACACGACGCUGACGCAAAUAGAAGCUGUGCUCAAUUCGAGGCCCUUGGCAUCCUGUUCGGAUGACCCGAACGAUUACACCGCCAUAACACCAGCGCACUUUUUGAUUGGGCAUGAAUUACAAGCUGUAGCCGAACCGUCCUACUUGAAUUUGAAGCAGAAUAUGUUGUCUAGAUGGCAGUUAGUGCAAACCAUGGUACAACAUUUUUGGAGACGGUGGACAGCGGAAUAUUUGCCGGAGCUUCAGAGUCGAGUUAAAUGGCUGAAAAAGAAGAAAAUAUCCGAGGGGGGCCUAGUAUUGCUUGUAGAUGAAAACACACCUCCUCUGCAGUGGGUAUUAGGUCGAAUCAUAACAACUCAUUCUGGAGAUGACGACGUGACGCGCGUCGUUACAGUACGCUCUGCUAAUGGAGCAGAGUUCAAGCGGGCAGUAACGGAGGUGUGCUUGCUGCCGCUGGAUCAGGAGAAUUGA